GUCAUUUUAAAGGAUGUGGAUUCUCUCCUUUAUGUGGACACUGAUGUUCUCUUCCUGAGGCCCAUCGAUGACAUCUGGCACAUCCUGAAAGAGUUCAACUCAACACAGCUAGCUGCAAUGGCCCCAGAACAUGAAAUACCAAAGAUUGGCUGGUAUAGUCGAUUUGCGCGUCACCCCUAUUAUGGGACAACUGGAGUCAAUUCUGGAGUGAUGCUAAUGAAUUUAACACGGAUACGCAACACUCAGUUCAAGAACAGCAUGAUACCGAGUGGUUUGACUUGGGAGGAAAUGUUAUAUCCGUUAUACCAAAAGUACAAAAAUUACAUUACAUGGGGAGACCAGGAUUUACUAAAUAUAAUUUUUUACUUUAACCCAGAGUGUCUCUAUGUGUUUCCAUGUCAGUGGAACUACCGGCCUGAUCACUGUAUGUAUGGAAGCAACUGUAAAGGUGCAGAAGAAGAAGGAGUCUCUAUUCUGCAUGGAAAUAGAGGCGUCUACCAUGAUGACAAACAGCCUACAUUCAAGGCACUCUAUGAAGUGAUACGUGAUUUUCCAUUUGAAGACAAUCUCUUCCAGUCUUUGUACUACCCUCUGCAGUCUAAGUUUCUGGAUACAGUGCACACUUUAUGUGGGAGAAUUCCACAAGUAUUUUUGAAGCAAAUUGAGAAAACUAUGAAGAAGGUGUAUGAAAAUCGUGUCAUUGUCUACUUGGGGGCCAACCACAGAUACUAAAUGUAGCUAUAUUUUUACGCAGAGUUUUUCAUUCUUGCAUCCCCAUCUCAUGAAGCAUAUAAAUGAAGAAUAUGACCUCUUUUACUGAAACUCAGAC